CGCUCCGCCCGCCCCGGAGCCUCGCCCUCCGCCGCGAUGAGCAAAUGAACGCAAGCGAGGGCAUGAAAUUUAAAUUCCAUUCAGGAGAGAAAGUGCUGUGCUUCGAGCCAGACCCCACCAAGGCGCGGGUGCUGUACGAUGCCAAGAUUGUCGAUGUUAUUGUUGGGAAAGACGAGAAAGGCAGAAAGAUCCCUGAAUAUCUGAUCCAUUUUAAUGGUUGGAACAGAAGCUGGGAUAGAUGGGCAGCCGAAGAUCAUGUGCUUCGUGAUACAGAUGAAAAUCGUAGAUUACAGCGUAAAUUGGCAAGAAAAGCUGUAGCUCGCCUGAGAAGCACUGGAAGAAAGAAGAAGCGCUGCAGGUUGCCUGGUGUUGACACUGUCUUAAAAAGCUCCCCUACUGCAGAAAAAAAUGAAAAUGAUGAAAACUCCAUAAGCACUUCCUCUGAUGACAGUGAAGAAAAGGAUGAAGAAAUAAGUGACGAAAGUGAUAGUGAAGAAAAGCCUGAAGUGAAAGAGGAACUAGAGCUGCAAACAAGAAAGGAAAUGGAAGAACGAACAAUAACUAUAGACAUCCCUGAAGUUCUGAAGAAGCAACUCGAAGAUGAUUGUUACUAUAUUAACAGGAGGAAACGGUUAGUGAAACUUCCAUGCCAGACCAACAUCAUAACUAUUUUGGAAUCCUACGUGAAGCAUUUUGCUAUCAAUGCAGCCUUUUCAGCCAAUGAGAGGCCUCGUCACCAUCAUGCCAUGAUGCAUGCCAACAUGAAUGUGCAUUAUAUUCCGGCAGAAAAGAACGUUGACCUUUGUAAGGAGAUGGUGGAUGGGCUGAGAAUAACCUUUGAUUAUACGCUCCCGUUGGUUCUGCUCUACCCAUAUGAACAAGCUCAGUAUAAAAAGGUGACAUCGUCUAAAUUUUUUCUUCCAAUUAAAGAAAGUGCUACAAACACUAAUAGGAGCCAGGAGGAGCUCUCUCCCAGUCCACCUUUGUUGAAUCCGUCCACGCCACAGUCCACAGAGAGUCAGCCGACUACUGGUGAACCUGCCACCCCCAAGAGGCGCAAAGCCGAGCCAGAAGCCAUGCAGUCUCUGCGGCGGUCCACACGCCACAGCACCAAUUGUGACCGGCUGUCCGAGAGCAGCGCCUCGCCGCAGCCCAAGAGGCGGCAGCAGGACACAUCCGCCAGCAUGCCCAAGCUGUUCCUGCACCUGGAAAAGAAGACACCUGUUCAUAGCAGAUCGUCUUCCCCCAUUCCUCUGACUCCUAGUAAGGAAGGGAGUGGUGUGUUUGCUGGCUUUGAAGGUAGAAGAACUAAUGAAAUAAAUGAGGUCCUCUCCUGGAAGCUUGUGCCUGACAAUUACCCUCCAGGUGACCAGCCACCUCCACCUUCUUAUAUUUACGGGGCACAGCAUUUGCUGCGAUUGUUUGUAAAACUUCCAGAAAUCCUUGGAAAGAUGUCCUUUUCUGAGAAGAAUCUGAAAGCUUUACUGAAGCACUUUGAUCUUUUUCUGAGGUUUUUAGCAGAAUACCAUGAUGACUUCUUCCCAGAGUCAGCUUAUGUCGCUGCGUGUGAGGCACACUAUAGCACCAAGAACCCCAGGGCAAUUUAUUAACGUCUGGAUGGUUCUGUGAGGACAUGCCUGUUUGGCUUUGUAUUCUGGAUUUCAGGUGACGAACUAGUGAGACAGCAGGCCUUCUUUUUUGUUUUUUUUUUUUUGGUCCUUUUGCGACAGGGUGAAUUGCCCACUUACUGUAGUAUCUCUGUUAAGAAUUGUUUCCCAGGUGCCUGAACAUAGCUCAGAUAAAACCCUUACUGUUACAUAGGACAUCUGUGGUGGCAGGCAAAGACAGCUGUUCAUAGUGAAACGUCCGGGAGAGUGUACAUAAGUUAGGCUGUUUUGGAAGACAUUGCAGCUAAUUGUUAGUGAGAGCCACAUUGUUGAGUUAUUUGUUAGCACUAAAGAAGAUAUUUUUGCAGACUAUUUUCAUGCUUGUGGUGAGGCUGAGCGACUCUGCCCAACCGAUUUUAGUUGGUACUUGGAAACCACGAAGUUGUCUCAGAGUCUUAGAGGAGAUAUUGAUGGCCAAAGGAAAUUUGCAGCUAUACAUUUACUUGUAACAGUUCCCUCUCUAUAAAAUGUUAUUUUUGGAGAUCUAAAUAAAGCAUUGCCUGUCUUGUUUGAGAUUUUACAACUGUACUUUGUUGAGUAAUGUCAUGGUUCCCUUUCUAUAAAAUGUUAUUUUUGGUGAUCUAAA